AGUUCCCAUUGGAACCUAUGCGCAGUCCACAAGAAUCCCAUCAAACAUCAAAUUCCUAUUCCUACCCGAAAUUAGUAACUUUCCCUCUUCUUCUAGGAGAGGGGAUAAAGCUUAAUUAUCUUUGAAAAUAUUGUUAUCAAUACUUUUGUAUUUUCUGAAAUCUUAGAACAAAAAUUUGAUAACUUGAUAAUUUUAAUGGGUUUAAUUUUGGAAGAACAAGUGUUGGUUGGACCGGCGAAUUUCUCAGUAGUAGAAGAAAACUGCAUUUACAGAUCUGGGUUUCCUCAGCCCUGCAAUUUCCCCUUUCUUCAUUCUCUCAAUUUACGCUCCAUAAUAUAUUUAUGUCCGGAGCCUUAUCCUGAAGAGAAUUUAGAGUUUCUUAGAAUUAAUAAUAUCAACCUUUUCCAAUUCGGGAUAGAUGGUACUAAGGAGCCAGCAGCUAUGUCUCGGAAUGCUAUAACUGAGGCUUUGAAAGUGUUAAUUGAUGUUAGAAAUCAUCCAGUUCUUAUCCACUGCAAGCGCGGGAAGCAUCGAACUGGUUGUCUAGUCGGGUGCCUGAGGAAAUUGCAGAAUUGGUGUCUUUCUUCUGUUGUGGAGGAGUACAAGCAUUUUGCUGGCGCAAAGUGGAGGGAAACGGACUUGAGAUAUCUGGAGACCUACGAUGUCUCGUGUAUAAAGCAUUGCCUUGAGAGCAUUAUCUAUAUGUAUUACGGUUCAAGGACGAGACGCUUGCUUUACGGAGAUGAAAAUCUGCAGAAGCCCAAGAUGACUUAUGUUCUAUAGGGGUACUAUUCAUACAAAUAUUAGGAAGGAUUGGGAUAUUCCCAUUAUUAGUCUUUACACCUUAAGCCUCUGAUUUUUUACAUUGUAGAAAAUCUGCAGAAGCCCCAGAUGAAUUAGAGGGGUCUUCAUUUUAGGAAGAAUUGGGAUGUUCCCAUUAUUAUUAUUAGUUUUUACAUUGUGCUUUUGAUUCAUCUGUAUACACCAAUUUGUUUCACAAGUGCUUUAGUGUUCAACACUUCUCUUAUUGGGAAAA